CUCACUUACUUGCUGGUUCGGCCACAGUUCCAGCAGCAUCAUAUGCUUUUUACCUCUGCACAUUAUGUCAAGAAUGACCAUGUUACUCCAGAUCUCUGUUUUUUUGUGGAUUUCAGUUGAAUGUUCAUCUGUACCUCAAAAGUCUGAGGCCUCUCUGAGCAGUAACCUGCCUGCCUGGUGUGAAUUUGUUUCAAGAAAUGUCUGUUUUGAGUUUGUUAGAAAUCCGAAAACCUGGUGUCAAGCCAGAAGCAGCUGUGAAGAGAAAGGAGGGAAGCUUUUGGAGGUGUUGGACAACUCUGAUCAAUUUUUCAUGGGCAGCAUGACCAGAGAGAGCAACACCAGCAACUUCACCUGGUGGAUGGGCGAAAGGGGCCAAAUCGACAAUGGCCAUAUUUCCAGGGACUCCUGCAGAUACAUAAAACUGAAUCCUCUUCAGCUCCUAACAUCUGACUGCAGCGAGAAACGCGGCUUCCUCUGCACGUACAGCUUAACAUCUUCACCAAGCCGAAAGAAAACAUUUGUCUCCAGUAAUGCACCCAGAUCCCGACUCAGAAGGAACAUAGACGAUAUGGGUGAUAAUGUUGGACAAAUUGAAAAACUUCUCAAGGCUGCAGAUGGAGAACUGCGACGAAUGGAGCAGACAGAAGGGGAGCCGACAGAUGACAACAGGAAAGAUUUUCUUCGGCAUUUGUUGGAAGGGACAAAACAAUUGACCCCAGAAUUUGCUUUAGAAAAUGAAGAAAUAGUCCAAUCCAUUGUGAACUGUAGCACUGGAAUCCUGCGACUUUCACAAACAAAAUGUGAUAUUGAAACCAACCCAAACCCUAAAACUUUGUUUGAGGAUACCUUUGAGAUUAUUCGGGCAGUUUACCUGCUGGUGGGUACAGAAAAUUCUGUCACCAAGUAUGACACGAGCACAGUCUAUCAGAGAGUCCAAGAACCAUCCGCCCUCGGCUCUACAGUGCUGGGUUCAGAGGAGGAUGGCGAGUAUAUUAAACUCCCUUCUUAUUCAGCAAUGGCGUCCUACCUUCAGCAGUACGACAAGGUCGUCGCACAGAUGGCUACAUUCAACAAUAAUCCCCAUCCCUCUGAUGACAACAUAUCAGGAAUUGUUUGCAAUAUUAUACUUAGUGAUGGAAAGUCGGAUAUAAAGAUGCAAAACCUGACAGAGAAGAUUGAGAUCUUUUUGCACCGUCCAAAUGCUUCAGCAUUGUUGAGCAACACUGUUGAGUUGGAGAAAUACACAAAAUCUCUUACCAGGCUGAACGUCUCAGACCAUCAGAUGACCAUUGUCUUUGACGUGGAGCCCAGUCUCAAUGUGUCGCUGUCUCUUUUUCUGUCUCAUACCUCACCCCCCACCUCUACACAUUUCACCAAAAAAACCGUCUUGAGCCACAAAGGAGGCUAUCGCUGGAUGAUAACCCCAGAGAUGUUAAAUGGGACUUCAGGGGUCUGGUAUGUUGACACCAGACUAGACAAUUACACACAGGAAACAAGCGUGAAACUAACAAUCACCUCUUUCAUGGGGAAGUGUCUGUACUGGGACACAGACAAGCUGGAGUGGAGAACUGAUGGCUGCAUGGUGGGAGAUAAAAGCACUCCGGAGAUGACGCAGUGCUUGUGUAACCACCUCACCCUCUUCGGGAGCUCCUUCUUUGUGAUGCCAAACUACGUUGAUGUGUCCCGCACCGCAGAACUGUUUGCCACCGUUACUCAGAACUACGUGGUGCUUGCCCUGCUGUGUGCUUUCUUCAGCCUCUACCUGAUCACACUGUUCUGGGCCUGCUAUGCUGACCGCAGGUCGCGCUCCAAGAGGAAGAUGACUCUUCUGGACGACAAUCACCUUGGAGCUCAGUACAACUAUCUGAUCUGUGUCCAAACUGGCCAUCGCAAGAAUGCAGGGACUUCUGCUAAUGUCACAGUGAAACUGAUUGGCUCAGAAGGAGACAGUACCACGCAUAACCUCACCGAUCCUGACAAGCCUGUGUUUGAGAGGGGGGCUACCGAUAUCUUCCUGUUGGCCACCCCCUUCCCGCUGGGCGAAAUGAAGAACCUCCGGCUGCAGCACGACGGCUCUGGAGGUCACGCAUCCUGGUUUAUUAAGAAGGUAACGAUACAGGACCUUCGCACUCGAAACGUGUGGCAUUUCUUCUGUGACUGCUGGCUGAGUGCUGACAAAGGAGACGGCUUGAUCAAGAAAACCUUCAAUGCUGCAAAAAGCAACGAGAUCGCCAGCUUCAGGAAUAUUUUCCAGACCCGAACGUUGACCGGUUUUAGGGAUGAACACAUCUGGGUGUCCAUCGUGGAUCCUCCCUCGCGUAGCCCCUUCACCCGGGCUCAGAGGGUUUCCUGCUGCAUGAGCUUACUUCUCUGCACCAUGGCCAUCAAUAUCGCCUUCUGGAACAUCCCCUUGGAUGAGAACUCACGAGUCAUCUUUUCAUUAGGGUCCCUGCAGAUCACAUGGCAGGAGAUCAUGGUUGGGGUGCAGAGUGGCCUCCUCAUGUUCCCCAUCAACAUCCUCAUCAUCACCAUCUUCCGAAGCAUCAGACCUCGCGUGGUAUCAACAUCUAAGAAAGACGUUCCUGCAGAGACCUUUAAACUCCCCCAAGUUAACCUGUCAAAUGUGCUGAAGGAAAUAGAGGAGAUUAUUUCCCUGUUGGGCAUGAGUCCAAGAAACAAGAUGCAUGAGACGUUCAAGCUGGAGUCCUCCGCUGACCUCUGCCCUGCCUUGGACAGGGUGCACGACUUCCUCCGCUGUAUGCAAGGUGAGGCUGAGAGUGACAACCACUGGUUGUUCUGCAGCAAGUUCAUCCUGUCCGGUCUCUGCCACCUCCUGAUGUGCCUGAAGAAACUGGAUGGGAAAAACUUCACGAAUGAGCAAGAGUACCAGUAUGCCCUCCACACCACCAACACGCUGGUUCUCAAGGCUGAGAUGGUCCUCAGCUACCACCUGUCCAACUGCCCCCCUCCUGUGAUGAGGGAGAAGAAGACCUCUUCAGGCUGCCGGCUGCCCUGGUGGUUUGUGUUCCUGGGGUGGUUUCUCCUGCUGUCCAUCAGUGCCAUUUCCACAUACUUCACGCUUUUGUACGGUUUUGAGUACGGCAAAGAAAAGUCCAUCAAAUGGGUGAUGUCUCUGGGCCUCUCCCUCUUUGAGAGCAUCUUCAUACUGCAGCCUCUCAAGGUGAUCGGCCUUGCUGUGUUUUUUGCUCUGCUGCUGAAACCUGUGGCUCUGGAGGAGACUGAAGAAGUGGAGCAAGUGCUGUUAGAGCAGCGAGACAGGUGCAGGCUGUACACGGACAGGGAGACGCUGUGAGGACGCAGCAGUCGGAGGGGAGGGGUCCUCCAUCCUCUCAGUGAAAACCUUCAUCAUGACGCCUCCUCACUUCCUCCACCUUUGUUUCACUUACUGAAGGGUUGACCUUAUCAUGAUCUAAUUAGAUUCUGGUGUUUAGAUACAGAGUUUCAGGUUUCAGUAGAGGUGAUUCAAAGUAAAUGGGGAAUUAAAUAACUAUUCUUGUAUGUAAACAUAUCUAUAAUGAUGUAGGUGUAAAAAGAAAUAUUUGCUUUUAAAGAGCUUGUUCAUUUAAUGUUAAUGUUAGGAAAAUUAACCCAAUAUAUUUACAGAUUAAAGAGGCACUGAUGCAUCUAAACAUCCAACAACUGUUUAACCUGUUUUGAGCUUUUUGAGCUAUUUUGAGAGUUAAAAAAACAGUUUUAAUCCAUCAAAGUAACUCUAAUCCGCUGAUCCUGGAAUCUACAGUGUGAUUUUAGUAAUAAGUUGCCAGAAUCAGUGUCUUUUUUAUCUGAAGUUUCAUUAUUAUGAACUUAUCUUUCAUUUUGGUGUGAUAGUUUGAAUGAAGAAGCUCUUAAAUUAAACAGGCGGCUCUUGCGUCAUUAGCAAAUAAGUCUUUGCAGCUGGGAACUUUUAAAACAUGGUGAUCAGCAUUUAAAGAGUGAAAGCAUCUGAGCGAGUGACAGGCAGCGGCGGAUGGUAAAUGAACCCACACUUGAGAGGACAAGUGAAAAGGAACACUUAUGUAAUCACACAUAUGGGAGCUAAUGGUUAAUUGAUCACUUUUUUCAUUUUAGUGCCGUCACUGUAAUACAUGCUGAAAGUGCAUGUUUUGCCUCUUCAUCAUUCAUGGCCUCUUCUGUGAGACUCAGUCUGUCCUCCCCCUGAAUGAUUUAUGUGAAGGCCUGACUAUGUGUUAAGUUUGGGUUUUGGGCUUAGAAAUACAGGAGAUGUAGUCCAGCAAAGACUUUUGACUGAGUUUUUGUGCUUUCAUUUCAAUUAUAAAUUAUUUAGCUAUUGAUACUUUGCUUGAAUCUCAAUAAAUGUAUCUAUUUUUAAAGUUCAA